AUGACUCAUGACCCGAAGUACCAGCAUGCCCUCAAGGAAAGGGACCGUGCUGUGGAGUCCAUCCAGAACGUGCUCGGCCAGAACGGCAGCGUUCUCUGCUCUUGGGUGUGGUAUUUCGACCAGCAUUUCGAGCGGCAAAUCGGCCGCGAGCAGUUCUGCGCGGGCCUGGUCGCGCUGAACUAUCCAGGCAAGGCCGAACUCUUGUUCACGCGUCUGGACAUCGACCAGAUCGAGGAGGUCACCCUAGAUCAAAUCGACCCGGAAGCUUCCAGGAUAUGGAUGGGCUUCCGCAUGUGGUGCGUGAAGAUGUUCAGCGAUGAGAAGAAGAUGCUGGCCGAGCUUUCAGGCGACAUGUUCUGCGACCUGGAGGCGUUCACCUCCAAUCUCAAUCGCCUGGGCUGGUACGGCCAUGAGCAGACCCUCUUCUGGGCGCUGAACCGGGACAGGAAUGAGGAGCUGGAGGUGAAAGAUUUCCGCUUCUUUGCGAUUGACAAACGGAAGUACGUGCGGGCUCGCAAGGGAAUGCAGGACGCUGUGAAGCUCAGAGAGCGCUUAGCCCGCAAGCGGCACCUGGUCGCAAAGGCGCGGAAGGAAUUUAAGGCAUUCUUGAAGAAGAAGUAUGGAACAAUCCUUCGAGCCUGGCGCAAUCUAGAUGCAGAUGGAUCAAUGUACCUGCAGAAAAACGAGCUCUUCAGGGCUGUGAAAGAGCUCAGCUGGCAGGGCGACGCGCGCCUCUUGUGGAAAGGCCUUGACAAGGAUGCCAGUGGCAUAACCUUUCUGCAGGAGGUGGAUUUGCGGAGUGCGGAGCAGUUGGCCAAGUUCAAGCAGCAGAUCAUGGAGAAGUGCGGCAGCGCAGAAGCGCUGUUCAGGGCAAUGGACGUGCACAAGAUCAACAAAGUGCAUCCUGCGGCUUUCUUCGAGCACUGUCGGCGCCUGGGCUUCUCGCGGGUGGACAAGUUCCUCUACCACGGGCUGGACUGGGAAGGCAAGAAGUACCUGGCCGCGGGGGACCUCACCUUCUUGGACUCCUGGAAAUGCCCACAGUACUUGGUUUGCUCUCCAAGCCCCCAGGCUGCCAGGGAGUUCAAGAGCACCUUGCUGAGCAAAUGUAUCCAAGUUAUUUGA